AGCGCGGCAAAAUUAGCCAAUCAAAGACCCCAUUUUUAGGUUUGUUGUCUCUUGCUUCUUCUUUUCUUCAAAGAAGAAGAUUUGAGAGAAACAACAUUUUGGAUUUCACAACGAAACCCCUGAAAAAGCUUUUGAACAAACCCUAGAAAAAAAGACAAAGAGAGACAUAGAUUUUUAGUUUUUGUCUGAUUCUGAUUUUGUUUUGAGGUUAACAAAAAGGAGAAACAUAGGUGCGUGUGUCUCCAGAAUCGGUGGUGCUAAACGACACGGAGGCUCCGAUUUAGCUCCGUCGUCAAAGCACCACCGUACACGGAGCCAUCUACGCGUCGGAUCCACCGAUGAUGAUUCCAUCAACAUUACAUUUAGCGGGAAGCUUAGCAGUUUAAGCGGAAACCUCGGAAACCAUGGCGGAAGCACGAGAAUGAAAGGUCUCUUCAAGAACAAAUCACGUCUUCCUGGUGAAAUCGUUCGUCAGACUCGAGAUCUCAUUGCUUUAGCCGAAUCCGAAGAAGAAAUCGAUUCGAGAAACUCGAAAAGGUUAGGGAUUUGUGCGGAAUUGUGUCGAAACAUUAGUGAUUUGAAAUCGAUUCUUUAUGGUAAUAGUGAAGCUGAGCCUGUUCCUGAAGCUUGUCUUAUGUUAACUCAAGAGUUUUUCCGAGAAGAUACGCUUCGUCCUUUGAUCAAAUCUAUUCCAAAACUUGAUCUAGAAGCAAGAAAAGACGCGACGCAGAUUGUUGCGAAUUUGCAGAAACAACAAGUCGAAUCUCGACUCGUUGCUUCUGAAUAUCUUGAAUCGAAUUUAGAUGUUAUUGAUUCGUUAGUCGAAGGUAUCGAUCAUGAUCACGAGUUGGCGUUGCAUUAUACAGGAAUGCUUAAAGAAUGUGUGCGGCAUCAGGUUGUUGCCAAGUACAUACUCGAAUCGAAGAAUUUGGACAAGUUUUUCGAUUAUGUUCAGCUUCCGUAUUUUGAUGUAGCUACCGAUGCUAGCAAGAUCUUUAGGGAGCUUUUGACGAGGCAUAAAUCGACUGUAGCUGAGUAUCUUACCAAGAACUACGAGUGGUUUUUCGCAGAGUAUAACACGAAGUUGUUGGAGAAAGGAAGCUACUUUACGAAGAGACAAGCGUCGAAAUUGCUUGGAGAUGUGUUGAUGGAUCGUUCGAAUUCAGGUGUGAUGGUUAAGUAUGUGAGCAGUUUGGAUAAUUUGAGAAUCAUGAUGAAUCUUUUAAGAGAACCAACCAAGAACAUUCAGUUAGAAGCUUUUCAUAUCUUCAAGCUCUUUGUGGCGAACGAGAACAAACCAGAGGACAUUGUGGCGAUUCUCGUGGCGAAUCGGAACAAGAUUCUUCGUUUGUUUGCUGAUUUGAAAGCUGAAAAAGAAGAUGUAGGUUUUGAAACUGACAAAUCAUUGGUUAUGAAUGAGAUUGCUACACUUUCUCUUCUCGAUAUCAAAACCGCAGAUCGAUAAUAAAAACCGUUUGUACACGUAUUUUUGUUGUUUCGUCGUGUUUUGUUUUGUAACCAUUUGGAUUUGGCAUUGAUAACUUUAACAAUUAGCAUAGAUUCUCUCUAAAGCCAUUCUUGCAAAAAUACAAUUAUGUGAUUCCAAGUUUUUAUUCAACACCAGUCUUCUUUUUCAACAUUGUGAUGAAUUUCUCCUUCUCUUCAUCUGUCAUUCCUGUAGUUGAACAAUCUCCAACUCCCCAUUCUGCUCCUCUUAGACAAUAUUUGUCUUGAAUCUCUCUUUCAUUCCUAAACAAAACAGAACACAAAACCAAUUUAACACAUGUCCAUGUUUCAAGAUUUUGAAAACAGAGUUUCAAGAUUUGCAGCUUCCACACAACUUUGGCUCUAUAACACUAAAAAGACCAAAUGGGUGUGUGUAAAGUAACUUACUUUUCUUUGUUGAGUUUGGAAUUCUCAAGUAGUUUCUUGAGAAGUGGAGAUUCUUUGAAUCUGGCAUCGUUCUCUGCGUAGUACUUCUGGUUCCUUGCUGCAAUUAAGAAUCUUUCUUCUUUAAAGGAGACAAUACACUUCUUGUUAUAGAAUUCAAGAAUUUGAAAGAUUGGUACCAUUGAAACGGUCGAGGAAUUCGAUUUUUGGUAAUUCGGGACCAGGAACUGAUUCUAUACCGGGAGAUCCCGACAUUAGUCCUGCUUCAGCUGAGGAGGAUCCAUACAUAGACAUUCGAUGAUGAUUAUGAUGAUGAUAUGCAUAUACAUUGAAUGAUAAGAAAAUUGAGUAAUAGUGAUGUUACCGGUACAAGGAGAGAAGAGAAGGGUGAGUGAGGCAGCGAGAGGGAAGGUGGACUUGCAGAGAAGAUGGUGAAACGGUGAUGGUGAUGAUGAUGAUGAUGAUAAUGAGCAUAUAGCCAUGGAGAUUCGAGGAUUAUGAACUACUCUCGGUUCAUGGAGAGUGAAGCUUGGUCGAGAGAAAGAAGAGAUUUUGGUUUGCAUCAUUUUGCCUUUAGAUUUUUUGUGAGGAGGGUAAGUGACUUCUUAAGAGAUAAGAAGGGAUAUAUAUAUAUAUACUUUUUAA